AUGACUAAAAAAUCAAAAAAAUUAAUUACUAAAAAAGAAUUACAAUUAAGAAAAGGUUUAAAAAAAGAAUUUUUAUAUUUUUGUCAAACAACAACUAUACGUGGUGUAACAAGAGUUGUAAAUGCUCGUAAUAAAACAUUACAAAUAUUAUGGAUAGGAUCAGUGAUAUUAUUUUUUGGUGGAUUAUUUAUAUGUAUGUUUAUAUUAACACGUCAAUAUUUGGAGUAUAAUGUAAUACAUCCACCACAAGUAUUACGUGAUACACCAUCACCAUUUCCAUCAUUAACAUUAUGUAAUUUAAGACCAUUAUCAUCUGAAGCUAAUACUAUAUUAAAUAAAUAUAAAUUAAAAUCACCUAGACAAUUUGCUAUAGAUUUAAAUAAUUUUGCAGCUAAAGCAUAUUAUUAUAGUAAUGAUAUACAUUCAUAUCAACAAGUAACUAGUGCAGUAUCAAUGGGUGGAUAUUUAGAAAGUUUACCUCAAAUUGUUGUAUCAAAACUUGGACAUAAUUUAAGUCAUACAGUAAUUCAUUGUAUGGUAAUUCAUGCCGAAGGUAGUAAACGUGUUAUGAAUGAAUGUAUACAAGUUGGAAGAUGGCGUCGUUUUGUUCAUGCACAAUAUUUAAAUUGUUAUACAUAUGAUAUACAUGAAAUCUAUCGUAAUCAUGUACGUACCAUAGAAUUAUUUGUUUAUUUAGAUGAAUCAAUGAAUAUUACAUCAUGUUCUGAUUGUUUUAGUUCAGAAAUUAAAUCACAAUUAAGUGGAGCUGUAGUUACUGUACAUAAUGCAGAAACUUAUCCAGAUAUAAAUCAAGAAGGAAUAAAUAUUCAACCGGGUAGUUUAACUGAAAUAAAAGUUAAAACUAUUAAACAUACACAAAAAACACCACCAUAUGGACGUUGUUCACCUGAUACUCCAACAAAAAUAAAUCUUUACGGUUCGGAAGUGUAUGCAUAUUCAGAACAUGCAUGUCGAAUGAGUACUAUACAAGCUAAAAUCAAUUCACUUUGUGGAUGUAAUGCUAUUGAAUUCCCAUAUAUAAAUGAAAGUCUACCAUUUUGUCUUGAAAUGAGUUCAUUUGUUAAAAUAGGAAAUUGUGAUAUUCAACAUCCAAUCAUACAAAAUUACACUAUUCAUAAUACUCCUUCCAAUCAGAAUUACACAUUAUUAUCUUCGGUUAAUCAAAAUCAAAAGACAAAACCACAUGAAAUGCCUUUUAAUUUUGAAUGUUUAUCUGAACUAGAAGCUGUGAAAAAUCGUGUACUAUGUAAAUCGGAAGUUACUAAACAUUAUCAGGGUGAUGUGGUACUAUCUUGCACACUACCAUGUGCUUUCUUCGCUUAUGAAACAGACAGAUCAACAUCGACUUGGCCAACGAAAUCAUGGCAGUUAAGUUGGCUAUCAACAAGAGCUGGAAAAAAAGUGGCCAACAGACCCGACUUAGUCGGAUAUCGGUUGGCGAAAGAAAAGAUAGAUUCAUCUGAAGGUGAAAAAGAAGCGGAAGAGUUCUUAUCAAAAAGCAACGUUUUAGAAAGGAAUUUACUAGCAAUCAUGCUUAUCCGACCGAAUUUUAACGUCCAUAAGGUAGAUGAAAAAGAAGUCCUCUCUCUCACAAGUCUCUUAUCUCAGUCUGGUGGUUUAUUCUCCAUUUGGAUUGGACUUAACAUGAUGUCAGUCAUAGAAGUGGUGGAAUUGAUUUUUCAUCUUAUUACAAGAUGUAGACAAUUUUCAAAGCGAAAACGACUUCGCCGAACUCAAAAAAAACAAACUACAUGCGAUACACCAAAAUCACUAACCAAUACGAAUAGUGAGACAGGAGUGGUACAAGAUCAGAUAACAAAUCAAGGAGUCGUAAAACAAACUGAAAAGUAUAGAAAAGACGACAUGACUAUAAACAAUGGUCCAAUACAAAUACACCCCAGAAAACGAUCUCCAAGUGCCCCCAAUCAGAUGGUAUCUGGAAAUGUAUCAUUAUAUUUACCCCAAAUUUGA